AUGGACGUGAAGCUGCUAUCGCUGGAGCUCUUCGCUCAAUGCAAGCCCACAUGCGUUGAGUUGUCCCAGGAGGUGGCUCAACCGCAACCAAACUUCCAGCGGAUCGGCCAGCUCCUCUCCCAAUUGCUCCACAUCCUCCAGGACCACCAUCAGCAGCACAAGAACCAAGGGUAUAUUCUCGCUCGAAACUUGGCGGACUACGUUUUCUUUCCUCUUAGUGGGCUUCUCCGCCACCUGCCUUUACCUCAGGACGUCACCACCUACGUAUUGGCGAUUAUCCAGUUCUUAUUUGACCACAGCUGGAACCUUGACCGCAGCCAUACCCCGGAGUUUACCGAGCAAUUGGUGAUGCUUACGGUGAAUUUAUGUGGUCCCGAUACCCAGAACAAACCUCGCAGUUUCCAGCACGCCACUUUCGCCCUCGUUUUGCUGUUGGUGAGACUGUUGCCUCCCGAUGCGUUUCUGAAAUCAGACCAGGGAUUCAGCCAGCUUAGUAAGAUCAUCACCAUUGAUUUGAAUACGUUGGACCUGUUUCAAGGACAGUGUACAGCUCAGGAAGACGUCGACGUGACCACGUUGGCGUUGGAAGUGUUAAAGCAAUUGUUCACUCGCCGUGUAGUGGACCCGGAAGCAAUGGCUCAGGUACUUCCAGGUGUGGUGUCAAAACUUGUGAAAUUCACCAAAAAUGUCACUAAAGUCCACUACUCAGUGGUGACCCUACUCAUUACUGUGCUUAAACUGUUGAUCAGCAAAGUGUUCAGUGACCGCGACUUGAACGCCACAUACGUCGUCGAAUCCGAUCCUCGCCGCCUCUGGCAACAACAAGCAGCUGCGAAUGCUGAUGCGGAAGGGUUUAAAGAGGAGACGAAGGUGGAGAUACACGCGGCUACUGAGGUCCGCACUCAGAGCUGGCUCACCGCCACUGCGACGCAAUUGAAAUUAUCGUUAAUGGUUCUUUUCAAAAACAUUGCUCAUAGCCAGGAGGGUAAACCUCAGGCCAUCAAACCGCUUUAUCGAGCCGUGAUCUCGUUCUUCGGCGAACUAUGGCACACUUCGUUCUACUGUCUUUUCACCGAGAUAUAUAAUCUUGCCGUGGACGUGGUAUCAUUGUUUGAAGCGAUGACUACUGAAGGUGAUGCUGGAGAAGGGAUUACCGCCGUGGAAAUGAUGUCACUUGCCUACCACGAAGAAGACGAUAUCGAUAACCGACGCCUGCUUAUUACUAAGCUUUUGAAACAGAAACUCCCUAAUCUCAUCGACACUAAGUUUGCUCCCACUUUGCAAUCAUCAGAAGACGUCAAAGUGCUCCACAUAUUGACUUCAAUCAGACUACAACUUGAGAUCCUCCAUCGCGUGAUGACGGACAAUUCAGGAUGGUGGCCAGCGACGCUUGCUCGCGUAGCUACCGUGCUUUGUGAUGGGGUUCAGGAUCAGUUGGACCGUGAUAAUAAACCGAAACGAGUGAAUAGAGCAGUGGAACAUCAGGUGGUGCUCCCAUCUCACAUUGACCAAGAAAAUCUUGCUCAAAUCUCCACCAAAUCCGACCCGGUGUCGGCGGCUACCGAAGCCUAUAAUCACAGUUUAGUGACGUUAUCGAAGACUGAGGAUAUUUUGGGGGAAGCCACCACUAAACUCUCAUGGUUCAAUGACUUUUAUAGUGAUGAAGUGGAAGCGGCGAUGGAGCGGUUUCUCCAGGCGGUGGGAGCUUUAGCUACCCGUCACCAAGUGUUUACCGAAGUGAUUGACCAAUUGCUCAGUUCUACCCCACCAAAGGGGAUCAAUUUAUGGGCAGUCAACCACGUCUCGCAACUGUCGCCACAAGCGCUGGCUAACUUUGAUGUUAAUGAGUUUUUGGCCUUUGACGAUGAUGAAGCCAUGGAAGAAGAUGAGAGCGACGAAAACAACCAUGUGAUGUCGCUUUCUGUAACUGCAGCUGAGGAUCUUAUUGAUGAUUUACAUCGGAGACUUCUUGGUGGCGGGUCAUCGUCUGUCCGCUUUGGCUACGGCGUGGCUCUUGACGUGUUAGGGUCAAUUUCCGCUUUAGUGUCUAAAGACCAGUACCAGCAAUUGGUGCUUAUGGACUACUUGUACCCGAUGCUUGAGGCCCUUACAUUUCCCGGAGAUAUCCACACCCAUGCUGCCCACGCCUUGACUCAAGUGGCGCAGCAAUUCUACGACGGGCUGAUGGCUAAGCUUAUUACUGACAAUCUGGACUACUUGGUCGAUGCUAUCACCGUCAGACUUAAUAGUGGUGACUUGACCCCGCUGCUUCCAGGUUUACUCCUCGUGGUGAUUAAGCUCUGUGGCCCCGAUCUUCUCGGACAAAACAUGUUGGGUGACGUGUUCAGUCUGAUCUUUGUGGCAAUGGAUUUGUACCAUGGCUAUCCUGUGGCCAUGGAGGGGUUCUUUCUUGUAUUUCACGAAGUGGUUAAACAAAUCAGUCGCCAAUACGUGGAUCCUACGCCAAAGAUUGAGGACGCUGCCAUGAACGAAUCAUCGUUUGCUCCGUGGGGGAUGUCUAACUCAGCGCAAUUAGCGAAAUUCGUUGAAGACAACCACCACAUCGCCUACCCUGAAUAUGAUUCUACCAAAGAGUACUUCACUCGACCACGAGACGCUCCGUUUUCGGAAAUGGUAGAUAGUGACGAUGAAGAAGACGAAGACGACGAAUUAGGCGAUGAACCACCGUCCACUGACGUUGUGGAAUGGCAAGGGCCCGUACCUCAAUCGACAUGGCAAUUGGCAUUGUCGAUCUUUACUUACGGGUUUAAGCUUUUAUCACAACCUCAUCGCCGUCUCAAACACCUGAUUUUGCAAACGCUAAAAUCAGUGUAUCCGAUUUUGGCGACAAACUACAACAAAGUGUUACCGGUGAUCACUGCCAAUUGGAACGUGCUCAUCACCAUGAUCGCCGGGGCUGAUGCUCUCCACGAUGACGAUCGCGCCCUUGUGGUAUCGUCGUCGUCUACACCGGCCACCAUUACUGCUGCGGUUGACUUAGCAGUGGACAUAAUCCACAGUGAUGACCAGCGAGAGCGGAGACUGCUUUCCCGUCAAUUUAAUGACAGCUGGCCCCGGCUCCAACCGUCAUUGACGGCAAACCCUCGCUACCGCUCCGUCUAUUCUGGGUACAUCAUGGCGGGGGUGAAUGCCUACAGUCGCAUGAUUGACGACGUGACCAAGUGUGCUAUGGUGGAGUACUGUUGUGACGCCGGUGAGUCGAAGGCUACCAUGUGCCGUGAAGCUCAAGCCAUCGCCUGGGUCUACCAAAAGGGCUUAUUGGCGUAA